AUGUUUGGCCUUGGAGGACCAGUUAUCAACUCAUACAAGAAUCAGAAUUCCGACCCAGAGGCUUCUAUCUAUCCCAAAUCAUCCGAUCAAGAUGCACAUUACUCAAUAGAAGGAAAUGUUCUUCGAUCUACAAUUUUCAUCUCCGACAACUCCAAAUUCGGUCGCGAUGGCAAGACACCUGUGUUACGUGUUCCAGGAACAGGUACAUACGGCGGUGAAGCCUUCGAACCCAACUUCGCAAAACUACUCAAAGCCAGCCCGUUCGGACAUCCAGUAUGGUUAAAUAUCCCUGGUCGAAUGUGUGAUGAGGCGCCCAGAAAUGCACAGCACGUCGCAUACGCUAUCAACUACAUAGCAACCCGCACGCAGAAGAAAGUUGCUGUUAUUGGGUGGUCUCAAGGGAAUCUCUCAAUACAGUGGGCCCUCAAGUACUGGCCCAGCACAAGAGGAUAA